UCGCGAGAGCGAUGGAUGAUGGACCAUCAUCACAGCAACAUUAAACUGUGAGAGACAUCCCCCGAACCUUCUCGCAGAAUAAAGCGAACCCGCCCGAACCAGAACCCGUAAGCGGGGCCGAGCCGAGGGGAACCGAGCCGGGACGAGAUCAGGCGCACCAGGAGCAGCGCAGCCCCGCCCGUGAUGAUAACACUUGGGUGACGGCCUUUGCAAACCCCACGGACGGUGUGCACCAGUCAAGGGGUUUUAUUACUGCUGCAGAGCAAGCGAAUCGGACCCAAACUCGGUCUCGGUACAGCCGGACUGUCGUGUCGUUGCAUCUGAAUUAUAUUGAAGAGGAUGAGCCAGCAAGGCCUCGCUAAGAAGAAGAUGUGGAGAAAUUGCUGCUGUAGUUCAGAAGCAGCACAUCCCUAAAGAAUCGAGAGAACUGAGCGUGAGGACGACCCUACACCUCCCCCUCUCCGUGUGAAACACCAUGAACGGAACGGUCCUUCCCAGUGCUCCCAGUGGAGACGGUGACCUCGAUCCCCGUGGCUGCUGCCCCCCUCUCCCCGGCUCACCCCCACCCCCUCCGAGCUGGAAGGAGUUCUGUGAGAUUCACGCUCACGCAGCAGCCAUGGAGUUUGCGUGCCGCUUCAGGCUAUAUCUCAAGGACCACCCACAGUACCUGUCCCUGCCAGGGGGGGCAGGCGCCAACUUCUCCAGGCGUUUUGCGGAGAGAUUCUUGCGGCACUUCGAGAUACAGGUUGGGGGAGGAGCAGGGGGAGUGGCCAACUGCCUGGAUUCUGUUUCCGUGGAAACCUACUGCUCCAAUGAGGAAGACUCCUCCUCCCUCACCUCCCCCCAGCAGCCCACUGGAGGAGGAAGACCACUGCUGUCUCAGGGUACACCUGAACUAGACAUCAUCCCUCUGGCCCAAACCCCCCGCAUUCUGGGGGAGGGGGAGGGGGAGAGGGGGGAGGGGGAGGGGGAGUCCAUCAGCAGCCAGUCACGGAGCUCAGAAGAUAUUUCGUUCUCUUCCCUGUCCUCCUAUAACAAUGCUGCUGCUGCUGUAUCUCUGGCUCCGCCUAGUGGCCCCGGCUCUGCUACUGCGCCAUACCAACUUGGGGCUGCCUCUUUAGCUCCCUCCGGUAGCCAGCAAGCCGGCACUGCAGCAUCGCUCAACGUCAGUCUGAACACGAACACGGGCAACAGCGGCUCCUCCCGUUCCACAGCCAGCCCCAAUCCCGGGAAACCCAAGCUGCGCAAGCGCUUCUCCCUUCGGAGCGUGAGCCGCAGCGUGAGGGGGAUCCUGCACUGGAAGAGCACUGGCAGUGAAGCGGGCUCUCCCGUCAGCAUGGAGGAGAGGGAGGGGCUGGGAGGAGGGCUGAGCAGCAGCUACAGCUACAGCGGAGGGCCCCUCCCCCUCUCCGCCCCCGCCUCCCUUCCGCCCUCCUCCUCCAGCAGCUCAUCCUCCUUCUCUUCAGAGCAGCGGGAACGCCGGAAGAGUGCGGGGAACAGUGGGGGGGGCGGGAGUUCCGACAGAGAGAAGGAGAAGUGGACGCAUAGGUUUGAGAGACUGCGGCUCUCCCGCUCGCCCCCCCCCUCUGACGUGCGCAGGGAGGGGCUGCUUAGCUUCAUGGUGGCUGAGGAGCUGCUGUCAGGGCACACUGGAGGCUCCGGGCCCGGGCUGUCUGCCCCGACAGGUGGGAACGCCAGUGGGUCCAAGGCUCGCUGGCAGAAGUGCCGGCUGAUUCUCAGGAGGGAUGGAAGGGCAGAGGCUGCCUCUCCCACCCCCCCUGGCCCCCAGGGCUGCCUGCUGGAGAUCUUCGUCCCUCCCAAGGCCUCCAAGCCGCGCGUCACCAUUUCCUGUUCCUCUAUUGUGGACGUGAGAACGACGACUCCCCUGGAGAUGCCAGACAAGGAGAACACCUUCGUACUGAAGAUGCAAGGCUCAGUGGAAUAUAUCUUGGAGACGGCUGAUUCCCUGCAGAUGAGGUCGUGGCUGGCUGAUAUUCAGGAGUGCAUCAGUCGCAGUGAUCCUGAUGACAGUCUGGACACUCCGUGCCUCUCUGAGAGUCUGCCCAGCCGAGAGCUCCCCAUUACCCCCGGGGAGACCAACGACCCACUAACCCAGGGGGGGUAUGGCGGUCUUGGUGGCCCCAAUUCUGAGAUGCACCCCCCCGAGCUGCCCCCACGCGCCCCCCUUGAUGAAUCAGAGGGCCGGCUGCAAGGAGGAGGUGGGGCCAACGCGGUGACACCCUUCAGCGAGACACCUGACGGGACAGGCUCGUUUCUCUUCUCAGAGCCCCCGGAGCUGCUGGAUCACCCCCUGUCAGACUGCCCAUGGUUCCAUGGCACGCUGUCGCGGUUGAAGGCUGCCCAGCUGGUGCUGGCAGGGGGGACAGGCAGCCAUGGCGUGUUCCUGGUGCGGCAGAGCGAGACUCGCAGGGGGGAGUACGUGCUGACCUUCAACUUCCAGGGCAAGGCAAAGCACCUGCGUCUCUCUCUCAAUGAGGAAGGGCAGUGCCGGGUGCAGCACCUCUGGUUCCAGUCGAUCUUCGACAUGCUCGAGCAUUUCAGAGUCCACCCAAUCCCUCUGGAGUCAGGCGGGGCCAGUGAUGUCACGCUCAUCAGCUUCGUGGUCUCAGCCAAUCGGCAGCACGGCCGGGACAGGUCAGGCAGCCGGUCAGCAGUGUGUGAUGUCAUCACCCUGCGCCACCCCGAAUCUCCAUCAACCCCCAUCUCUGACUGUGUACUUGACCAGCCGAUGUCAUAGUAUCGGGG